CCACUGUGCACAACCCUCAGCCUUUGCGUCUGCACAUAAAAAUUAAACUUACAUUUUCUGGACAUAAUCAACUAAAAGGUAGGGAUUAUUUUAUAUAGUGAUGUCUGAUGUCUUGUACAAUCUGUGGAUGCUAGAUUUUUGUACAAAGUGUGUGAAAAACAAACCAUUUCAGCAUUCACAAAGUGAAAUGGAUGCCCUUCAACAAGAAAAUACAGGUAGUUUUGACCUCUUAUCUUAAUUUAAGUCCAAUCACUCCUUCAUAUAUGCUCAGGAACUUGACUUUCAUUUAGUGACCGGGCUUAAAUCAAAAGCUGGAGGCUGGACUUUCCUCCUGGAGCCUCAGCGUCAGAGUUUAUAAGGAAGUGACUCUGCUCUCAGAGGACUGUGUAACCAGCUACACUUGAAGUGGUGUGUUGAAGUCUACAACAUGAGACUUUUGGCAGUACUGACUUGCUUACUGGCAUGUUGCCUGGCCCAGAAGCCAAAACCAUGCGAAAGUCCUCCUUUGCUCUCCGGAGCCUUCACUGUGUCCACACAGAAUGAAAAAGUUUGGACCUAUGGCAAAUACGUGUAUGACGCACUGGGAAAACGCAUGCGCCUCUUUGAGUUGGGAAUAUAUGAGAAUAAGACAUUCAACUAUGACGCUAUUCUGCUCUACAGAGAGGGGGUAAUGUACGAGAUUCAUGAUCAUGACAAGACGUGCGAAAAGAAGCCACUGAAGGCAGACUUCUUCGUCUUGGGAGUUCCCAAAAAUUCAUCUUUUGUGGGUCAAGCUGUUGUAGGCACCUCGUCUGCACCUGGAGCUGGCCUCCUGGUCAACACUUGGACAGGAGAAAUGCCUGAGCUUGGGGGAAAGUACAUGACUACAGUUACAGAGUAUGGGUGCAUUCCUGUCAACUAUCUGUUCCAUACUGCUGACUAUGGAUGGAUGGUGUUUAGCUACUUUGACAACGUUGUUGGGAUUACAGACCCUGGUGUGUUUAUUCCUCCGGAUUUCUGCAAAGCUGCAAUGAUGAAGCCUCAGAGCCAGCCAGUGGAUAUCUUCAGCUUGUUCCACAACAAACACUGAGCAUUUCUUUUAACUAAUAUCUCAAACCUUCACAAUAAAGUUGAUCGAGUGAAUCAUGGCAUUGCCACAUGGCACACACGUAUACGAUUAAAAGUCUUUAUAAUGAGCGUGGGUGUAUAUACCAACAUUGCUGCUUAUUAAACAGGAAGGUUGUCUUUUUCCACUAAUGAAUGUGAUGUGAAAUCUUUUAUUAAUACAGACUUUUUUUUGUA